AUGUUCGUUCCAUUCAAAAAGAGCAAGGACAAACAACAACCGACAUCAACGGGUAGUGGUGGUGGUGGUGGUGCUAUUUCUGCAACAGCACAGUUAACCCAUAAUCCUUCCCAUGCAUCGUCCUCCAAUGUGACCCCUCAACUUUCUUCAUCAUCUGUAACAAUACAUACAAACUCUUCCUCUCAUUUGAAUCCUUUCCAUCAUGCAUCAUCACCAACUGUCCCACCACCGACACAACCGUCUUCAAACAUUCAUGAGGUCAUUCAUCGGACAUUGCCAAAUGUCAAUCACCACCACCAUCAUACAACAUCAUCUUCUCUUCCAUGUGAUACGAUCACUUCUCAAGAGACUAGAGCAUCCGUUUGUUCCUCCUCCUCAUCAUCCAAUUCAUCAACCACAAAAGAAGAGAAACGCAAGAGUCUCACUACCACUCACCUCGCUCGAUUGUUUCUCUCCAAUGGAAAUUCUGUAAAGAAAUCAAAUCAUACAACCAAUGAAUCAGUAGUGGUAUCGACACCUUCAAAUAAGACAUUGUCAAUAUUAUCCUCAAAUCAAAAUACACAACGUCCUCUUAAAUUUCAAAAUGAUGUUCCAAAAAUUAGUGUCACACUUGACAAUUCGAGUAAGAUAAAUGCAAGUCCAAAUAAUUUUCAAUCGACAUUGGAAAGAAAAUCCUCAAAGAAACAACAAAAAAGAAGAAAAUAUAAAAGAAAUAAGGUCACAAGAAAACCCAAGUUCUUUUCUGAAGAUGGCAAUGCUGUCAUUAAGGAAAUUGAUAUGUUGGAAUUGGAUUACGAUUACGAGUACAUGUAUGGAGAUUUACCAGACGAUCUCAUCAUCAAAAUAUUUCAAUACAUCCCUGUUGUCUUUUUGGCAAGAGAUGUUGCAACUGUUUGUAAAAGAUUUGCUGUAUUGUGGAUUCGAGGAGUUCACACGGUUCAAGUUGCAGGUGCUCUAAGAAAACUGAAAGAAGAUGAUUUUGUCAAGUUUGUGAGAAAAUUUGCAUUUUUGGAAGUAUUGGAUUUGUGCAAUACUGGAAGUAGUGAAGAUUUCCAAAUUACAGAUAAGGGUCUUCUUCAACUUGCUCACAAAUACAUUUAUUCAAAUGCAGACUAUUUGUCUAAUCCUGCAAUUGACCCAAUCAGUGGCAAUUAUGAUCUCAAUUUUGACUAUGAACAACAUUUGGAUUCAUUGGAUGAAUCACCAAGUCUGUUCUCAAGCAAUAUGGACUCUCAAUCAUUCAAUGACGAUGAAAAUGAUAACACUGAAAAUAUUGAAGAAGAUGACGAUGUCUAUUCGGUAACAUCCACUGCAUCUACUGAUGUGUCAGAAAGAGUGUUCAAUAGAGCUCAAAACAGAACACCACACAAAUCUGCUAAUUUACCAAUUUCUACUCCUUAUAAUAUUCUCUUUUAUACUCAACUCUAUCAAAAAAGUUAUGGAUUGAUGACUCCAAAGAAAAAUCCUAAUAGUAGAGAACCAUGCUAUGGAUUACAAACACUUCACACACUCAAUGUUCAAGGUUGUCAUUUUAUUACUGAGAAUGGUGUAAAAUAUUUGACGUAUAUUUGUCAAAAUUUAACUCAUCUCAAUGUGAGAGGUUGUACCAAAGUGAAUGAUUCAGCCAUGUCCUAUGUUAGCCAAUUUUCACAAUUGGAAUAUUUGGAUGUGACAGGAUGUGUACAUAUUACAGAUGUAGGAAUGAAACAUUUAUCUCAAUCUGCUUGUAAAACCAAGUUGAAAUAUUUGGACUUGACUUUUUGUCAUCAAAUUACUGAUGAAGGUGUAAAAUAUUUGUCUGAAAUGACACAACUCGAAGAUUUAACACUUCAAUGUUGCAGACAUAUCACAAGCACAGGACUCACUCAUCUUGUCAAUUCCUGUCAGAAAAUUCGUUUCCUUAAUUUAACAGGUUGCCACUUGGUAGAUUUGUCAGGUGUUCAAUCAGAAAAGGGAUUAGAAAAACUUGAAAAAUUGAACAUGAUGGGAUGUAAGCUUACCAACGACUCUUGUCUUAAAGUAUUGUCUCAAUGGACAACAAACCUUCGAGAGUUGGUUCUCUCAUUUUCUGACAUGAUUACUGAUGCAGGUGUUGAACUUGUGUUGAAAAACUCAAAACAUCUCUAUCAUUUGAAUCUCAAAAAGUGUUCCAAUAUUACAGAUAAGACAUUGGAAUCAAUUUCAAAGUAUCUAAGUGGAGUAUUGAGAUACCUAAAUUUGACGAGUGUGAGAGGUUUCACUAACGAAGGACUUGUACAUUUACAACAUUGUCAACACUUACAAGAAUUAAUUAUCCAACGAUGUGUUCAUGUCAACAACGAAGGAAUAUCAAAUCUUCUUCUCUGUCCAUCUCUAGAAACUCUCGACAUAUCUGAAAACACACUCGUGAGUGAUGAUGCAAUCAAAACCUUAGCCAAGAAGGGAAUUCUUCGUCAUUUAAAAAUUGAGAAAUGCAAAUUUUCGAAGGAAACUAUUCACACCUUAACACAUCAGCAUGGAGUCACAGUGACUCAAUAA